ACAUUUUGUGGUUUUUUCGCGCUAAAGAUAACUUGAGAUUGUAGUUAUCGUUAACUAAUAUGUGACUGAUGAUUAAUGUCCACUCUUGUGAAAGGCAUGCGAAAUUAAAUAUUUUGAAAGUAUCCCUUCUUGACGAUAAGCAUAUUUGCUACAAGUUCACAAAAGAGACACUUGUUGAAGAUGUUUUUCACGACGUAUGCACAUCGAUCCAGCUGCAGGAACGUGAUAUCUUUGGAAUUGCUAUACCUUCUGAUGAGGGGUGGUUGUUCAUAGAGCCUAGUGAGCCUUUGCACAAGAUAGUAGACACUUACCUCACUCCUACUGUCAGAAAAUCCAGGCUGGGUAUUUUCUUCUUACCAACAAAUAAAUCAACUUUUCCUAAUCAAUCAUCUUCAACCUCAUCAUAUCCAACUGUAUAUUUUCGUAUUCGAUUUUAUAUUCCAAUACAUUGUUUAAAUGAACGUGUAACACAACAUGUUUAUUACAAACAAUUGAGAAAAAAUCACAUUGCCUACAAUUUAUUCUGUGAUUCUAAUAUCUAUUUACAAUUAGCCGCCUUUGCAUUACAAGCUGAAGUAGGUGAUGCACCAAAAAUGUAUAAUCGUGAGACGAUCACAUCUUAUUUUGUACCAGAACUUUAUUAUCCUAGUAAAUUUAUUGAAUUAUGGGACAGUGACGAACUAGUCUAUCACACCUUUAUACGUCAUUCAGCACUUCGUAACACAGUAGCCUAUUUGGCUGAAUUUCAUUUUAUUCGUCUGGCAACUAAACUGAACUCAGAUUUCAAUUUACACAUGUAUCCGCUUAAGAAAUAUGCACAAAAAUGUCGUUUCUCUGUAUGGAUCGGUGUUAGUCCGAAGGGAUUCACGUUAUAUCAGCAGUUCCCUGAUGACUGGAUUAUUCCUACAAAUCGGAUUAAAUGGAAUGAGAUUGAACGAAUGUAUUAUAAUCAUCAUGAAGUGACCAUCUGUUUACGUUCCAAAGCUCGAAGACGUGAUUUCAAGAUGAAUCGAAGAUUGUCCGCAAGACAUCUGUUUUGUUUAAUUACAAAUAUGCAUUUCUAUCAGUCAGUUGCUGAAAUGUUUGCACCCCAUUCAAAUGGUUUAUUGGAACAAAUUGUUUUAGGUAACAUGAACAGGGGACUCGUCAAACUUCGAUCGUCUUAGUGAUCGAUUCGUUCGGUGGAGUGAAGUUAACCUAGAAGCUGGAAAAGUUUUUUUUUUAAGACAGCAUUCAUUUUGUAAUUAAUUCUCCCGGAAACAGUGUCACCUUUGAAACCAAGAUUUAGGAAAAUAAGCUUCACGACUGUACCACGCAUAUUUUAUAGUUUUAGUCGGUAAAUUGUUGUGCUUAAUGAUGAAUUUCUGUAAAAAUCCGUUGUCAUGGAGGCAAGUUUCGAUAUCGUUCACUUCCUCUUCCAGUGUCUCUUUUGCAAUAAAGAUGUCUUAUGCGGUUGUGUUUUCACCAGCUCUUUCUUAUAACUGAUGUUAUAUUAUUGUUAUAAUGGGUGCAUUCUUCUUACAGCUUCUUGAUUUUUUGAUUUAUAUAUUCACUUCCUUUACGAAUUGUGCACCACUGUAUCAAUUGUAGUGAACUAAACCGGUGUACUAUCAUCCCACUAUCUACGAUGAAUCAUUUACUCAGUCUGAAAAAUAUUGAUUUAUUUAAUUCUUGUCAAAUUAGUUAUAUAACUUAAAUCAGCUUCAAUCUAGAUAUACAACCAUAAUCUUUGACAUAUUUUAUUCAUAGUUUAAUCAAUUUCCUACAGAUUCCAUGCGUUAAUGAGGAUAAUUUGAUUUAUACGGCUGGAUAGUUUCCUGUGAAAUCAUAAGAGAGUGGACUGUGGACAUUUUUUCGUCAAAAAACAGUACACAAUUUCAUUUAUCUUUCAAGACUACGUGAUAAAAUCUCUGACCUGUUGUAGUUUUAUUUUUCUACUUUAUGUAUUUCAACUUGUCACAGAUGGACACACAUAACUAGGCCUACAUCAUUUAUGUUUCAUCGAUUUGCAAACAAAAACUUUUUCCACUAAAAAAGGACUUCUUUUUUACCCCUAGUGAAUUAUUAUCUCAAUUUUGCUAAAAAAAAAAAACUAGCGAGUAGAUAUUGCACCGAAUUCCUUGCUGUGUAACAAGGUUUGAUGAUUAUGAUUGACAAAAGCCGUUGAUGACCACUUAAAGUGUACUAUUUAACUAACUGUUAGAUUAACAAUCACAGUAGUGCAUUAUUUGACCAUAAG